AUGCUCAGAUCAAUUACAAUGUCAAAAAGAUCCAGAUCAUUGGCGACCAUGGCCGAUGACACUCAAAAGGACUUCGAUGUCUCCUCAUUCAGAUUGGAACGAUUUUUAAGCGAUCUACCCACGGUCGGUGAGGUUGUGAUGAUGAGCCGCUCGGCAACCCCCAUAUCUACGACACAGCGCAGAACAGAGGACAUGAAGCUGGCCAUUCGUGACUGGGAGGAACAGGUUGGCCAUGACUAUCGAUGUAUAAUGAUGGCCCUCGAUGCGCCAGUAAAGUGGAUUGGACCAUCCUCAAUAGUCAGACGGCUGUUGCCGAACGCCAAAAGGCAUCAUGUUGGCCACUACACCAUAUCGGAUGUGGAUACUGCUACGCCCUCUAGAAUCAUUCAGUAUGCAGGAAUCAGGGAAGUGCAUCUUCAGCUUUCGCUUGUGGAAAUUGUGUGGCGGUUGGAGCUUGUGCUCAACGGUGGCAAGUCACUAGCAACUCUAAUUGAAGACCUAGUGAGUUCUGAUUCCGACCACAUGGCUCUACUUGCUUUUGGGGAAGUACUAGUGCAGGGGUAA